AUUUCGCACAUACACACACACAUUAAACAACACGUGCAUUGUCAAGCUACAAAUAGCAAAACCGUCGGAAAUAUAUAUUGAAAAAUUUAUCCAAAAUGCCACCCGUAGCCCAAGAUGGCAAUUGCCUUAUAUAUCGUGGCAGCAAUUUUUUCAAACAACGUUUAAUCCUGUCCGUGCUGAGUGGGAAGCCAGUUAAAAUCACUCAAAUACGUUCCGAAGAUGAAGCAAAUCCGGGUAUGCGUGAAUACGAAAUCGGUCUUAUACGUUUGCUGGAUAAGCUGACCAAUGGCACCAAAAUUGAGUUAAAUCCUGCUGGAACUUCAGUUAUGUUUGUACCCGGCCUCUUGCAUGGCGGUCAGUUGCAUCAUGAUUGUAGCUGUCAACGUAGUAUUGGUUAUUAUUUGGAUGUUUUAAUUGCCUUGGGACCAUUUUGCAAGAUACCACUUAAUGUUACAUUGCGAGGCAUUACCAAUAGCAAAGAUUCUCCUUCAGUGGAUCACAUGAAAGGUGCGGCAUUGUCGGUACUCAAGCGGUUUUUGGUUGUUGAUGAGGGUCUGGAAUUGAAAAUUGUAAAGCGUGGUGUUGCUCCUUUGGGUGGUGGAGAAGUUUUGUUCAAGUGUCCCGUACGCAAAACGUUGAGAUCAUUACAGUUUACCCAACAGGGUAUGGUAAAGCGUAUACGUGGUACUGUUUACGCUUGCAAAGUUUCACCCGCCAUGGCUAAUCGUACCGUGGAAACAGCAAAAGGGGUUAUGCUGAAAUUCUUACCCGAUGUUUAUAUCUACACCGAUCAGAAUCGAGGCAAAAUGUCCGGAAAUUCUCCAGGUUUUGGUAUAUGCCUGUUGGCAGAGACAACCGAUGAUGUGGUGUUUGCUGCCGAAGUUAAUUCACACACAAAAGAUGAGUCUAACAAGGAUCCUUCCAUACCUGAGGAUAUGGGCAAGGAAGCUGCUUUGCGUCUUUUGGAUGAAAUAUAUCGAGGCGGUUGUGUUGAUUCAGCUUAUCAAUGGCUGGUGGCUUUAUUCAUGACUUUGGGACAGAAAAAUGUUUCAAAGUUUAUGACCGGACCUCUUUCGUCGUAUACGGUGCAUUUUUUACAACAUUUACGUGAUUUCUUUUCCAUAACCUUUAAGUUGGAGAAUCCGGAAAAUGAAGAAGAUGACGAUGCUGUGGCGGGAGCUCAAAAGGUUUUGCUAACCUGUGUAGGCAUUGGUUAUACAAAUAUCAGCAAACGAGUUAUUUAAGCAUUUGACAUUCUGUCUUGUAGUUGUAGAAAUAUUUUAGGAUACAUUUGAUUAGGAUAUUGUAAAGUAAAUGCUUUUUUACAAGAACCAA